GAAACAGAUAAACCGCGGGGCACUCAGUUUCUUUUGCAAAGGCUUAUGAGAAUUCUGGGUUUUUGGCGUUUCGGUUUUUCCUAGAUUACAUUUUCCGGGGAAGAGACAUCUCCCAAUCCUUCAUUGCAAUGUUGGGUUGUGUAAAGUUUUCAUCUUUUGUCCCAUUAAGGCUUAAUUCUGGUUAAAUUUGAUGCGCACUUGGUUGCUUAAAGGUUAGGUGAUCCCUUUCUGGUCUGUUUUGCUGCCAAAUUCUGAUGGAGAUAGGAUAAUAACAAGUUUUCGGGUACCCAGAAAAUUUAUGUUCUGAGAAAGUUCAGGCUGCAUGAUUUUCUUUGGUUUGGCGUUUUGGCAAAAAUGUUUAGGGAGCAUCUUAGACUAUGGGGGUUUUCAAGAUUAAAUUUAAGAAGACACUGCUAGUUUUCUGUGUCGUUUGACUUCUUGGCAUGGUUCCUAAGAUAUGGUGUUCCAAAAGAGAUUAGAUUAUGGUUUUGACGGGUAUCAGGUGCCUCCCAUACCACGGUCUACCCGAUCAACCCGGAAGAGGGGCGGGAGCUGGAGGAAAGCUGAUGUCAAUCACGUAUGUGCGUUUGACUUAUUAGCUACAGUAGCUGGCAAUUUACUUCUCGAGGGAGAAAACACAGCUAGUGCUAAAGAGCAUUCGGUACUUAUGAAAGAUUGUAUUAAGGAGGAAGAGAAAACGAUGCAAGAAAAACCGUGUGAUCAAGGUAGCUCUGAACGGGGUUUCUUUCUUUCUGAGCUUGUCUCGCAAGCGCCCAUGUUAAGUAACUGUUCGAGUGAGCUCCCGCUAGCACAAAAUGAUACAUUGUCUGCACCUGCCUCUGGAAUAACUACUUCCGAAUGCUCGGAAAAGUUUGCCACUAUGGAGCAUUUGGUUAAUGGUGGGAACAAGCUUGAACUCGGGAGCUUAAACAGGAAGGCGGAUCUCGACGUGUCUGGUUGCAAAGUCUUUCCUAAUCGUAAAUUAGGUUUCGAAUUUGGAAAACCAGGAAGCAAGGGCCUGGUGAAUGAUGAUAAUAAAGCGGGGGGUAUCUGCAUUUCGGGCUUCCCUGUCCUCGGGACUAGAAAACCGUCUACUUUAGUUUGCUCAGACGAUAGUGUAAAGCUAACUCCGCCAAAGGACCAUAUUUCUUGUGUGUCUUUCCCCGUGAAGAGGGACGAUGUAAAGUUAGGUAGUAGAGACGAUGACGAAAACUCUUCGGGCUGCACUCAACCUAGUAAGGUCUUCAGGCAAGCUCAACCAUAUAUCGAAGAUCGAAAGAGCGGGAAAUACCCGGAAGUGAAUCCAAAAUCGAACGACGAGGAACAUCUAAAUGCUGAUAAUAGUAAGAACAGUUUGAAGCACCAAAGGUCUCUCAAAGAUUACCCUUUCAAGAAACGGAAGCUCUACGAUUGUAGUAGCUCAGUGUCCAUUUCUGAUGUAGGGAUAAGGAACGACGGGAUAUGUAGUUGUCCUUCUAAACGCUACAAUGGAGAUGAUGCUUCCAGUUAUACUCUAACUUUACCAUCAGCUCACCCUGUAGCCGGGACUUCGAGCUCUGCAGCAGGCGAAAGUUCAUCCUUUCGAUCGGGUGAUUCCCAGGUGAAGCUGAGAAUUAAGUCUUUCAGAAUUCCCGAGCUUUUUAUUGAGAUUCCAGAAACUGCAACUGUUGGUUCUUUAAAGAGGACAGUCAUGGAGGCGGUGACAACAAUUCUUGGCGGUGGACUACGUGUUGGGGUACUCUUUCAGGGCAAGAAGGUUAGAGACGAUAGCAAAACGUUACUACAAACCGGGAUUUGUCACGAUAACAAGCUCAAUGCUGUGGGUUUCACCCUCGAGCCCAAUCCUUCUCAAGAUCCCCCGCCACCCAUGUGCCCUAAAGAGCAUCCUUAUCUACUUUCUCGUGACUCGCCUCAACCACUAUCAAGGUAUCCAUCUUCGCCCAGCGUGAUUCAUAAUGCAGUGCAACGGGGACCGAAUUCUGCUCUUCCUAAUCCUCGGGGAACCAGUAGUGUGAUCAAUUUCUUCGAGAGUGACCACGAUUCAGCUCCAUCCCCCCCUCCCGACAUCUUGUUGAAUAAAAGUGCAGCAGAUUCAAGAGCCCUGGUUGCAGUUCCCUCGGGGAAUGCAGAACCCCCCUCUGUGGCACCAGCAAGGAAACCAAAGCGAUCCGAGACAGCACAACGAAGAAUUCGCCGCCCUUUCUCCGUUUCUGAAGUGGAAGCACUUGUUCAAGCUGUUGAGAAGCUUGGAACUGGAAGGUGGCGUGACGUUAAGAUGCGAGCCUUUGAUAACGCCAAACACAGAACUUAUGUUGAUCUGAAGGACAAGUGGAAGACACUGGUGCAUACUGCAAGAAUAUCCCCUCAGCAAAGGAGAGGUGAACCGGUGCCACAGGAGCUACUGGACCGGGUUCUGGCUGCCCAUGCCUACUGGUCUCAACAGCAAACCAAGCAACAGAUGAAACACCACUCUGCAACUUGCUUUCUACUCUAAGAUUAAGCGAGCUCGUUAUACAAGGUCUUCUUAGUACAGUUUACUUCUCCCGUGAAUUUACAGGAGCAGGAUUUAUCCAGUAUACAUUUUCGGGUAUUCUUACCCGAAAAAGAGAGCUGGCUGCACUUGUGGAGAAAUAAAAGUAGAUAAACAUUUUGAGAUUGUUGUUGUUGUUGUUGGUUUUUUUUCUGUUUCUUUUUCUUUUCAUUUUUUUCAUUAAUUCUUUUUGUUUUACACGAAAAUUAUUAUAGAAAAGGCAUGGCUGGGAAAAGGGUCACUUCUGUAAAUGUUUGGUGAAAUAAGUGGUUGGUAACAUUUUUUUUUUUUUUAUUUUUAACCAAUAAUUUUGAUUACUUUGAGAUUGAAUUAUUAUCAAACUUU